AAUCACAUAUGAAAGAUAGUUAAUGAGCUAAAGAGGGGAGGAGGAAAAAAAAAACACCUUUGAGGCAGAGGGUAUAGCAUGUGCAAAGGUUCCUAAGAGUAAGGGAAAAGGGUGAGAUCUUGGAAUUAUAAAGGCAGAGUGACUUAAGAAGUGUGACAGGGAAAUGGAUGGAGAAGAGGCCAUAAGAGGUAGGCUGGGAAUAGACCAUUAAGCCUUCUGGGCAAUGUUAGAGAGUUGACUUCUCAAGGGUGACAGGAAGUCCUAUCAAGGGACUAAUACCUCCCACCCCCUCAUCACUAAGCUUACCCAAUACUCAGUUCAGUGAUUCAGUGAUCACCUAGUGUUUCCGUGUUUCACAGCUUUGGAAGAGAGCUGCCUAGGCCCACUCUUCUCCCUGUUCCCCAGGGCUUUGCUGUGGGGAGAUUUGACACCAAACACAUAAUGCCUCUAGUCAGCAUUCGAGUACUGGCCCUCACAUUUUUUUAAUGUCUUCCUUUUGAAUAUAUCUUUCCCUUAUAUAGAGAUCCUGAAAUCCUGUGCAUCCUUAAUUUCCAAAUGAAGUUUUCCUCUUUCACAGCAGUUUCACAGAAUAUACCGCUUAAGAUCACUCUCUCUGAUCUCCUGACACUUAAAUCUAUAACUAUCUUUGAGGGUUUUGCCAUAUAUUGUACCAUGUUGUACUGGCAUUGUGAAUAUAUCUAGCCUCCUGAGAGGGAGCAUGAGUUUGUGCCUAGGUCAGUACUAUACUCCUAUUUGGGAUCAUCAUUCACCUCUUUUUAGCCAGAUAGUUUAUUUCAGUGCUCUCAGUCUAGGAUUGGUCAUUUGCAGAAUAUGGAUAAUUGUAUUUACUUCAUAAAGCAGUUGUGAGGAAUUAAUGAUAGAAUGAAUGCAGAGUACUUAAAUAUAAUCUCUGGCACAGAGAUUAGUUCUACCACCUGAUGACAUUUGUUGGUUAUAAAUGUUAUUCUUUGAAAUCAGAACCCUGUAUCUUAUUACUACUUUUGACUACUUAGAGUUCUGUGAAUAUUUAUUAAAUUUGAAUUUGAACUUACAUUUAAGUAUCAUUUCUGCCAGGGGAUACAAAUACAAAUAAAUCUUGUUUUUUUUUCUUUUGGUCCAUAAGAACCUUAAUUUGAUAGGGGAGUUAGUUAUAGAAACUGGUGGUGGUUUUUCAGUAUGACAUGGAGAGUGAUGGAGAGCUAUAACCCCAGAUAGAAUAUUUUGAGAUCACAGAAGAGAGUUGGGGAUUGUUUCCUAAGUGGAUUAAUGCAUGAGCUGAAUAUUCUUCUCGUUGACUAAUUACAUAAUAAAUACAAUGUAGACAUAGUAUCAACUCGAGGUUCUAUAAUAAGAUAGCAAUAUUGUUAUACUAGCAACCACACACAUUCCAUCUUUCUUUUAAUUCUGUGUUUCUCAGUAAAAUGUUUUCUACUUGUUUUCCUUUAUUCUAAAACAGUACUAAAUAAGAUUGACUUCUUACUUCUUCUCUCUCUUUACCUAUUCCUUACCUCUCCUCCUCCAAACCACAUGUCUUUUCCUCUGUUGUCCUGGUAUAACUUCAUCCUGUUGUUGUUUGGUCAGUUUAGUUACAGGUUGACUCUAUGUAAAUGUUAUUGUUGAGAAUAUUGUAUGUUGAUUACUUUGACUUUUUUAUGCAACUUCUUUGGUCUCCUGAGGUAAAUAAUGGUCUAUGAUCAGACCUACACCUUUUACUGAGAGUGCUCAGUAUCUAAGAACUCCUGUGCCCUGACUUAAUGGGUAAUUGUCCUAUCCAGGGCUGACCUUGGGAGCAGCUGAUCCUAGUGGAUGAAUCAUUUUUUUACUGAUAUAGUUUAGAAUUUUUGGAGCCAAGCAAUGAUUUUAGAAAACCAACCAACUAACCAAAAAAAAAAAAAAAGAAAAACCCAAAACCAAACAACAACAACAAAAACAACAACAACAAAAACCCCAAAAACAAAACCCCUCACCAACUUUCAGUUAUAUUGUUUGUCUUGACUUUAAUGCAGAUAGUGCGCCUCCUAUGAACUGACUUGGGUGUACUGCUGUUUCCCUUGGUGAGGCAGCAGGUGGUGCCCUGAGAAGGCAGGAGGGUAUUCCAAACAGGCAGAACAACUGGAGUAAAGAGGUAUGGAGGUGAGGAAGAGCAAGGGGGCGUUUGUGAGAUGACAGUGUGGUACUGGUGGAGCACAAGAGGGGUUUAGCUGAGAUGAGACUGGGAUGAUUGGCUGUGGUCAGAUCAAGGUGGUCUUUUUAUCACAGAUGUGUGUGCACUAGCUUCUGCCUUGUAGGCCAUGGGGACCUUUAACUGAUAAGUAAUAUGGCCUGUUUUGAUUGUGAAUGAGCCAAUGACAGAGGAGCCAAAAAAAAAAAAGGAAAACAAGUCAGCAGUUAAAAUAAUGUCUUGCAUAUUUGGUGACACUUUAGUGGUACUGCAUUUGUAAAAUUGUCAGAGCGCACAGUCCCCCAGAAUGCAUAUGUAUAUACAUAUAUUCAUCAUUUAUGUGAAUGUGUUGCUACUUUAAUUACUAUUCAGGUCAUGAUAAAUACUUAGAAGGAGGUUCAGUUUAAAUGAUGGCAAAUGUAAUGUUGUAUCAUGUCAGAGUUCCUGGAAGACCAAGUCUGGUAUAGAGAUCUGCAUGCAGUGAGCUUUGGGCCAGGGCUCUCAGAGACACCAUCUAGAAGGAGAAAUGUAAUGUGAGAUAGCUCAGGCUUCAGCUGGCCUGUGGGGAGCUCUGAAACUGGAUGGGUUUUCAGAGACCUUCUGAGUGAGGCCAGGUAUCCAAGUCUUUGUUAUUUCAUGUGGGUAUUGGCUAUGGGCCCCUGGGGAAGGGCUAGAACUUUGAGCAAGGACUUCUCCCAAAGGGAUUGAGCUGUAAACCUUUGGCAGACAGUAUUCCUGUAGCUGGGAGAUAUGUGGGCAGUGUUCCUCAGCUUCUACUGCAAACAAACAUCCUUUCUGAUUAUUUCUUUCUUUCUUUAGAGUUAGCAGUUUUUUUUUCCUUGAAAUAUGGCUGUCCAACAACUGGCAGUUGGUCUGAGAUACAGUUCUGCCAUAUUCCUGGAUUCACUUACAUUUGCAUUAUUAGUAUUGAAAAAUCUGUAAUUUUUUUGUAUAUGAUGUGUGUGCAGGAAAUAUUUUAAAACCACUUGUCUGUUUCAUAAGCCUUAAUUUAGCUAAAAUUUAGACAAUGUAAUCCAUAAUCCACUUCCCCAGCCAUAUGAAAACUGUCAUGUGUGACAAAAUGGUAAAAUGAAAAAGUGAGAAGGCCAUUAACUCCUUCCUGUUGUGACAAUGAGGGCCCCUGUGGUAAUUAGAUUUUAAAAAAGCAAAAAACAGGAAAAGCUUGUGGAUCAUCUUGAAAUUUUCUGGCUUUGGAGAAAAUUUCCUUAUGGAAUGAAACUAAGGAAACAUUUUAACUGGAGGUGGGUCCCCUGAUUUAACCUGGAUAUAAGAUGGCGGGGAUGGUGUCUCUCUGUGUAUUGAAGGGGAGAAAGAUUUGUUGCACAAUGAAGUGGAUAAGAGACUCAGCCAGGAAGUAGAGUCCUGGGUUUUUCAUGUCCUUUGGUAGGCAUCUAGGUCUAUACCCUCCUAUUUUUUUUAAUCAUGUAUAUAUAUUAUCAAGAAAAAAUUACUAACAGCAUACAAAAAUAGAAAUUAAAAGGGAUUGAGAUAAACAGGGAAUUAAGAAGAUCAAUGAAACAAGAAAUGUAAGCAGAGGUUUUAAUAUUUUAUUGGGGAAUGCCAGUGGAUGUCUUCUCUGUUUUUAGCAACCACCUUGUGGACUACUGAGCUUGAUUUGUAGAGCAUAUGCUGUAUACAAAUGAGGACAAAGUGCAAUGAAGACAAAUUGUGACAGUUUAAUGGUUUUAAUAUAUGUAACUAUUUAAAUAAGAUAAUAUGUGCUCCAAGUAUUAAAAAGUAAAUUGGAGAAAAUGAGGUUUUAGAAUAUAGUUAGGAUGCUUUAAAAUAUUUUAAAAACCAGAGGAAGAUUGUGUGUGUGUGUGUGUGUAUGCAUGUGUGUGUGUCUGUUUAUGUGUGUACACUAGCCAGGGUCAUAAUGACUUAGCAUUUCCUCCUGUUUACCAAUUCCUCAUAAUUAACUAAAAGGUUGGGGCCACACUGACACCAUUAUUCCUCUGUAGAUCUGACUCUAAUUUAUGACCCAUAUCCUGCUUUAUAUCCUAGAAUGCUUUGAAUGUUCUCUCAUUGCUUACUUUUUCUCAGAUUCAUCAAUUUAUAAAUCAGUUAAGUGCAGUAAUUAAAAAGAUAUCUUUAUUUGUGUCAUCUCAGCAAUAGAGAACCUGAAAAGACAAAAUUUAUAUGUAAAUAUAAAUUCCUCAUAUCUUUUAGGAAUUUUAAAUCUUUACAAGAAUUUUUUUCUGGUAAAACUCAGCCUGGUUUAUAAAGAUUAUCCCAGAGUCAUCUUGUAUCUCAACUUCAGAUAACUUAGCUUGCUUAUUAACAUCUUUAUUUUGUUAAUAAGAAUUCAUUUCAGUUAUGUUCCCAUUUUUAUAUUUAACAGUGCCUAUUCUAAACGUAUUGGUGCUUUGAAUUUCUUGGAAGGAAGGAGAUAAAUACACUUCAGGUUGCAUUAUUAUUACUUUCCAUUAUAGAAAAAAAUUAAAAGGCAUCUGGAUUUGGAACCAGCAUAUAGAAGUCUUAAUAAGGAUAUGGUAAUUAUGGUUGGGUCCCUAAGGACGUCUAAUCACAUAAUCUUAAAUAUAGUUCAUAAGUUAAAAGGCAGAAACCUUGUUAUGCUAGAGAUUGCUAUUUUAAACAAAUAAUAAAAGUUAAGAUUUUUAUUAUACUGCAAAAAUGAUCUUUCCAUUAUUCAGAAAGGAGUAUGUCUCAAAAAAUUAUGGCUCAAAAUCUUCAAACAGUUACAUCCAUAUUUGUUUCUAAUUCCUCCAUAACUAUUUGCAUAUUCAUCUUUUUUUUUAGUUUUAUAUGGACAAAAUACUAUUUAUUUAUUUUUAUAUAGUGCUGAGGAUUGAACCUAGUGCCUCACUAAUGAUAGGCAAGUGCUCAACUGAUCUAUAUAAGUGCUCAGCCUGCGUAUUGAUCUUAAUAGCAAUUUAAGAUAAGCAGUAUUAUUGGUUUGACCAUUUUAACCAUCGUUCAUUCAUUCAGAAAACUUUACUGGGAGUCUGUUCUUUGACUCUGGGUUCAUAUUACCAUGAACUGAGUAGUGAUGUUACAGUGAUGAGCAAAGAGAUUUCGUCCCUUCCCUUACAGAGCAUCCAAUCCAGUGAGAAAAAUGAAGGUUAAUCAGCUAAUUAUGCCAAUGAAUUGAAUGGAAAUACUCUCUCUUCUACAUUGUUAUUGUGACUGAUAGUUGGACUUUUUUAAAAAAAAAUCACUAAAGCAUAGAAUCUUUCUUUUCUUCUUUGGUACUAAGGAUUGAACCCAGGGUCUAGUACAUGCUAGGCAAGUGCUCUGCUACUGAGCUACAGCCCAGACCUUUUUAAAAUUGAUUUUGAGAUAGGUUCUUGCUAAGUCUCUGGCAUUACAGGUGUGCGCCACUGUGCCUGCCAAGCAUAACAUCUUAAAGAAGAGUACCUACAUUAAAUGUUUUAUGAUUUUAAAUGUUUAUGAAUGUAUUACUGUUUCAUUAUUUAUCAGUGUUUAUAAGUUUGCCAAUUAAUUGAUGUGCAGUCAAGACUUUUCAGUAUGACUCUCCUAAGAUCCUUAUUACUUUCUUGGGUAAACCACACUCAUAAUACAUGUUUGGUGGUUUUUAUCUUUAAUUUAUUAAAAAUCACAGAGAAACUUAGAGGCAUUUGACCAGUGUUUUAGUCAGCUUUUAUUUUACCACUGUGAGCAAAAGACCCAACAAGAAAAAUUUUAGAGAAGGAAAAGUUUAUUUGAGGGUCAUGGUUUCAGAGGUCUCAGUGCAUAGAUGGCCAACUCCCUUGCUCUGGGUCCGAUGGGAGGCAGAACAUCAUGGUGGAUGGGUUCAGAGGAGGAAAUCAGGUCAGGACAUGACAAUCAGGAAGCACAGAGAGACUCUGUAGACCAGGGACAAAAUAUAAACCCCAAAGGCAAGUCCCUAGUGACCCACCUCCUCCACCAUACCUUAACUGCCUACAGUUACCACUCAGUUAUUCCAUUCAAGUGGAUUAAUGCAUUGAUUUGGUUAAGACUUCUUAACCCAAUCAUUUCACCUCUGAAUUUUCUUCCAUUGUCUUACACACGAGAUUUUGAGAGACAUCUCAUAUUUAAACCAGAACAACAAGCAAUCUAAGUGCAGAAUUGCUACUUUUAAAGAAAGCUUUAUUCCAAUUUUAUGAAGUUAUUUGACACUCUGUUUUGUGGUUUUUAAAAAACACUGUGUUUUUUUUUUCUUUCCAAAGCAUUCAAUUUAGUGUCACUUGAUUUUGCCCUGUAAUCUCAUUAGUUACGUAAUCAUCAGGGGGUCGUGGCCACCAGUUUCCCUUGGUGGAGGUAGGCUGGCUAAGCACAUGGUGUUGUGGGAUGGGUGGUGCUGAGUAUUCUGGAAUGUAUCACAGAGGAAGAGCACAGGGACCUCUACAGAGACGCACCUUCAUUCUGGAAAUCCUGGAAGGCUUUCCUGAGGAAAAGACCUGGGGCUGUGGUAUGAAGAGAAGUAAGGCCACCUAAGAGAAGAAGGUGUGGGUGAGUGGGAGUGGAGAGGAGCAUGUAUACAACUCUGACGUGGGAGAAAGCGUGGGAUAUUAAGGAACCAAGAGGAGUGGCUGGAGCAAAGAAAAGAAGGGGAAAGAUUGUGUAGGGGGCUGGGAUUGUGGCUCAGUGGUAGAGCGCUGGCCUAGCAUGGGCUGGACCUGGGUUCGAUCCUCAGCACCACAUUAAAAAAAAAAAAAAAUAAAGGCAUUGUGUUGUGUCCAUCUACACCUAAAAAAUAAAUAUUAAAAAAAAUGAUUGUGUAGGAUGAGGUUGAAUGAGGCAGGAGUCUUCUCACACCCGGCCUUAUGGGUCCUAUUAAGAUUUGGGGGCUUUAUCAUGAAAGCAAUGGCAGGUAACUAAAGGAUUCCAAUUUGUGACUUAAAAAGAUAAUUCUGGCUUUGUUUGGAAAAUAAAGUGAAGUCAGUUAGGUGGUGAUUGCAGUAGUCUAUAUAAGAAAUGUCAUUUUCCCCAAAACUAUUCCAUUUGGGGGGAACCUGACCCUGCUAGAUAAUUGUGUCUUUGUACCACUUGAAAGAAAGCAGAAUUUAAAUUUGUCAGUUUAAAUUUUUUUAUCAUCCAGGAAGACCUGGCAACUAUGUAGUAUUUUCUAUACUGUACUUUUGCUUACCAUUUUCUUCUGUUACAUAGUUACAUCCACCAUUUCAGCACAUUAUUUCUCAAAACAAUAGGGAAAAUAGCCAUUCUUUUGAGAUGGUACCCUGCUAUUGACUUUUCUUGAAAAGACAACAAGUGUGUUUAUUUUAUCACUGCAAGUCUAAAAAUUAACCAUGAAGCAUUCUUCUUGACUUCUCAACUAUUCGUAACAAAGAAAUGUUUUAUUGCAAUUUCAUCAAUAAUUCAAAUGCAACUUAAAGGAAAGUAGGGCAGCAUCAGGAAAAAGCACACUUGUUCCAUAAUUGAGUCGAUUAAAUAGUAUCGAGUCCUACUGUCAUAGACAUAUUGAUGAAACAACUUUUGUAAGUAUGAAGAGUCUAAUAAGAAAUAGGACCUUAAAAUUAUGAGGCGACAUCAUAGACAUUAAUUUUUUUCUAUUGUAAAAUACAAACAAUGAAAGCAACCUUUUACUAGUGUGCAAUAAUAAAGGCACAGCUUUUGAAAGGUGCUCUCCUCAGGAUUUUAGUAGUUUUCAAGGCUGUGCAGUAAUAGCCCAAGCUAUUUUGGAACUGUGCAUACAUUAGUGUUCUUGUGCAGCAUGAUACAAUAAUGUGUGAAAAAAUCUACGAUCACACCUUGUUUAAAUUUGCAGUUUUUGUGCAUAAUCCCACAGCGAGCUCUUGUCAGGUUUUGACUGAAUAUAAGAGAAAAAAAGUUUACAGAAGCCUACAGAUUGGGGUAGGAUGUAAAUAUCCGAUGAUAAAAAUAAGGUUUUUUUUUUUUUUAACAUUGCAUAUUACUUUUUUGAAAGAUCAAAGGCAUUAUGUCAAGUUUAUAUUACAUAUAUAAUAUCUUGCAAAUCAACCUGUGGUUAAUUUCACCCAGUGAAACUUCAGAAUGCAUGUAAGUAGCCACCUAAUGAAAAUGUGUAUCUUCUCCCUAUAAUAUUUGUGGAGUAUGACUGAAAAAUUUGGAGUUUUAUUUUUGAAAACAUUGAACUAUGAUUUAUGCAUUUAUAUUAAUGUUGUUUUUCAAGAUUAUCAACCAGAGAAGCCAAAUCCUUAUUUCAAUGAUGCCCUGGUUCAAAACAUCUUGGAAAACUUCCUUUCUCAGAGUUAUGUUUUGAACAAUUUACAAACCUGACUAAAAAACAUCCAUCUUAUUACUUUUUAAUCAUAUUUCAUACCAAAAUUCAUCUUUUUUAUUCAUCAGAAUUAGCUAUAAAUUUUUGUCUCUGAAAUGAUGAAAAUGACUAAAAUUGACUUUCAAUUGGAGUUUUUAAUUAAAAAAUGUGUCACCUUUAAGGAUGUUUAUAAGUGGGUACAUAUGCCUAUGUAUGCUUAAACUUGGUAGUUUCAGGAGGAGGUAAAAAUGCUGUCAGUAAAGUCUGAUCUUUGGUGACCACUAAGAAGGGAAAAUACAUUUGAACUUAGAUGACAAGGUAUGUUUGUUUUAAAACCAGUUGAAUUACUCUUUAAUGACACCUUAUUUUAGUUUUUACAACAUAUACAAACAAAAAUGCAUAUAUCUCUUUUAGAAUGCAAGGCCAAAAUACCUAACAUAAUUAGUAGCAUAUUUUAUUAUUAAGACAAUUAAAGGAUUAAGCAACUACAAUGCUAAUCUUAUGUUGGCAGAUUCUUCAGAUAAUGGUUCUUACAUGGGAACAUCUCUGUAUAAUUUUAUUUAAAUACUGCCAUUUACUGUAUGAUCUGUAAAUAUGUGUAUUUCAUUAGUAUCUUACAUAAUCCAUAUUAAUUUUCAUGUCAUUUAAAGGAACUAGUCAGCAGCACUUAGAAUGUUCACUUCAGUUGACCUCUUCAUGUAAAUAAUUGAUCCAGUUUUUAAAACUAUUAAUGAUUGUUUUCUUAAGCACCAGAAAAGAACCCAAAUAGUUACAUGUGCUUGAAAUGUAAAAUAAUCAGAAUGAAUUCCAAAUAUUUUCUUCAUUUAAGAAAUCUGGGUUCACUCAAUAUUUAUGUAUUGAAUGAUUUAUGAAUCAAAUGAAAAUAAAGUAGGUCUAAAUUAAAGUAUGUAUAUAGAAAUAUAUCACUUUCCCCACUUGAAAAACUUUUUGUUUUCCUUUUUAAACACCGAAGAAAUGAAAGAAAUGAUUGCAGACUUAGUUGAGUAUAGUUUUUAUUUUCUGAGUGUCUCUAAUGGAAGGAAGGCAAAAAGUUAAGAUAUAAUUUUGCUGUGUCCCCUUUCUAUAAUCUUGUAUAGCUCCUGAUUUCCAGCUUUAGGGAAGUAGCAAUAGGGAUCAAGUUUUAAGAACAACAUCAGUAUAGUUCUUCAAACACUGAUAGGUUUAAGUGCACACCAUUGUUUGCACAUGAAGAUGCAGACCACCUUUUGCACCACCUUUCAGUAUAGCUGACUGGCCCAUUGGAGACCACACAGACUUCUUGUUUAAAGUGGUGUGUAAUUUGUGUCAAGCAAUUUGUGUCAUAUUGAUUCUUUUAUUCUAGUUAACUAAUUGUAUUAACAUUUCUUUUUUUCCUGGAUUCAUAAAACUAAAUGGCUUUUCUUUUCCUGAGUGCAUAUAUCCUUGACUUUUCUAAAGAUUUUAAAGUCCAGGAUUUAUGCUGGAAUUGCUUUAUAGGAAUAGCUACUUCAUUCCUUUAAUACCUCAGUUUGUAUUAAUGAAGUUGUGUGCUGUUUUGUUUUUGCCAAGUUUGUUUUACUAAAAGGGGGAAGUUUUGAGAGACAAAAGCAAGAGGAAUAUGUAUUAGAUCUUUAGUUUUAUAGUAUUUUACUUAUAAAUUGCCUAUAAAGUUUUGAUAACAGAUGUUGCAUUUGAAAUUCCAAAAUUCUAUUGAAGGAAAUACUGUGAUGUUGUUCAUUUGUGGUAAGAGAGUUGUUGAUUGACAAAUUUUUAAAAUAUAAUAGAAGAGAAAGUAAAAUAUCAGCAGUUUUUUUUUCACCCUAUUGAUAAACGUAAACUUAGAGUGCAUUAUAAAUGUACGAACUAAAGGUUAGAAGUUUUGGUUCUAGAGAAGUUAGGCUAGUAAGUAAUGUUUAUAUAAUCUUGGUAAACAUUUCCCCAUGACUGAAUUUUGAGUGGAAAACUUUGCUUCCCUAAAGACUGUAAGUGAAAAAAAAAAAAAAUAGGGACUGUUUGUGUGUGUGUGUGUGUGUGUGUAUUCUUAUUCACUUGUGUUUAGAUCCAGCUUAAUACCAAGUAAUGCCAACAUCUGGCAAAGAGAUGGAGAUCUGGGAAUUUGUUGCUUGAAACCCUGGGACAAAGUGUUCUGAUCUGACCAGCAAACAUAGCUGUGGACUUGAACUGGAAUCUUCAAGGGGCAGAAACGUCUUAAGUGUCUGGAAAAUUGGCUUGUUGAGUCACCAUGAAGGCACUAAAACAAAACUAAUUUUAAGCAGGUCAAAGUUCAGUGAUUCCCUCUGGAAUUCAAACUUUUUUUGAGUCUCAUGUUUAAGUGAAAAGGGUCAAAGUUGAUGCACUGUUACAAUGUUUUGAAUGCUUUCCCUUAAGAACAGCCACCCAAACUGGGAUUAGCAUGAGGAACUGCAAGGCUGGCACUUCAGCGUCUGGGUUAAAAAUAUUUUAAAGCAGUAAAUGCAGUCAGUACAGAGAGAUCCCUGGGAGCCUUUCUAUUCAAAAAUGUGUGAGCUCAGGGCAGCGACUGCAAUGUAAUUUAGGGCAGUGUAUGCUUCAUAGCUUUGAGAAUAUUGCUUCCCGUUAAUGUUCCAUCGGAGGAUGGUAGGAUAGUAGUAAUUUUAGAAGGUGGUAUUCCUGUUUGUCUUACAUCGAAAACUUCAGAAUAAAUAAAAAGAAACCUCAAUCGAACAAGAAAUGUAACUGUGGAAAAGUACCAAUGAAUCUAAAUUUGAACUGAACAGAUUCAAAGCCAGCAUGAGUGUAGGAAUAUUUUUAAGGAGGAAGCUAUGACAAAAACAACUAUCCAGAGAGUGGACUGCACAGAUUACAUAUUUCCUAUGACAUGUAUCAAGAUUUAAGAUGACAUUUCAUUGGGUGUGUCAUCUGGAUGGAGUUAUCCAGACUUGAUUCAAAGGUACCAAAUAUAGACCACCAAAUUUCUCGAUUUGUAAGCCAAGCCAUUUUUGUUAGAUAACAAGCUUUUUAACCAGUGUGUGGUACAAAGAUACACGUCAGGAGGACCCUUAGGAGUCGUGGACAAGCCUCCCCGCAUGUGGCAGGUGCUGUGCUGGCUUCUGGUGACCCAGAGAUGAUGAAAAAUAUGUUCCUGCCCACAAGGAGUUAGCGAUUCACUGGACAUUCUUCUUGCUGAUGACACGAUUCCUGUUUGAAUCAGUUUACAAGAUUCUGAAAGCUGAACAGGGAUUUGUGGUACUGUACUGGGAAAGAAAAAGCAUUGCAAGAAGUAGAUAAUACCAAGGACACCAGGAGUGGGAGAUAUUGGACUGGAAGACUCAACAGGAUGUCUUCCAAGCGACCAGCCUCUCCGUAUGGGGAAGCAGAUGGAGAGGUAGCCAUGGUGACAAGCAGACAGAAAGUGGAAGAAGAGGAGAGUGACGGGCUCCCAGCCUUUCACCUUCCCUUGCAUGUGAGUUUUCCCAACAAGCCUCACUCUGAGGAAUUUCAGCCAGUUUCUCUGCUGACGCAAGAGACUUGUGGCCAUAGGACUCCCACUUCUCAGCACAAUACAAUGGAAGUUGAUGGCAAUAAAGUUAUGUCUUCAUUCGCUCCACACAACUCAUCUACCUCACCUCAGAAGGCAGAAGAAGGUGGGCGACAGAGUGGCGAAUCCUUGUCUAGCGCAGCCCUGGGGACUCCUGAGCGGCGCAAGGGCAGCUUGGCUGAUGUUGUUGACACCUUGAAGCAGAGGAAAAUGGAGGAGCUCAUCAAAAAUGAACCAGAAGAAACCCCCAGUAUUGAAAAGCUACUCUCAAAGGACUGGAAAGACAAGCUUCUUGCAAUGGGAUCAGGGAACUUUGGCGAAAUAAAAGGGACUCCAGAAAGCCUAGCUGAGAAAGAGAGGCAGCUCAUGGGUAUGAUCAAUCAGCUGACAAGUCUGCGAGAGCAGCUGUUGGCUGCCCACGAUGAGCAGAAGAAACUGGCUGCAUCUCAGAUUGAGAAACAGCGCCAGCAAAUGGAGCUGGCUAAGCAGCAACAAGAGCAGAUUGCAAGACAACAGCAGCAACUCCUGCAGCAACAACACAAAAUCAAUUUGCUUCAGCAACAGAUCCAGCAGGUUCAAGGUCAGCUGCCGCCAUUAAUGAUCCCCGUAUUCCCUCCUGAUCAACGGACACUGGCUGCAGCUGCCCAACAAGGAUUCCUCCUCCCUCCAGGCUUCAGCUAUAAGGCUGGAUGCAGUGACCCUUACCCUGUUCAGCUGAUCCCAACUACCAUGGCAGCUGCUGCCGCAGCAACACCAGGCUUAGGCCCACUCCAACUGCAGCAGUUAUAUGCUGCCCAGCUAGCUGCAAUGCAGGUGUCUCCAGGAGGAAAGCUCCCAGGCAUACCCCAAGGCAACCUUGGUGCUGCUGUAUCUCCUACCAGCAUCCAUACAGACAAGAGCACAAACAGCCCGCCACCCAAAAGCAAGGAUGAAGUGGCACAGCCACUGAACCUAUCAGCCAAACCCAAGACCUCUGAUGGCAAAUCACCCACAUCACCCACCUCUCCCCAUAUGCCAGCUCUGAGAAUAAACAGUGGGGCAGGCCCCCUCAAAGCCUCUGUCCCAGCAGCAUUAGCUAGUCCUUCAGCCAGAGUUAGCACAAUAGGUUAUUUAAAUGACCAUGAUGCUGUCACCAAGGCCAUCCAAGAAGCACGGCAGAUGAAGGAGCAACUUCGGCGGGAACAACAGGUGCUUGAUGGGAAGGUGGCUGUUGUGAAUAGUCUAGGUCUCAAUAACUGCCGGACAGAAAAGGAAAAAACAACACUGGAAAGUCUGACUCAGCAACUGGCAGUUAAACAGAAUGAAGAAGGAAAAUUUAGCCAUGCAAUGAUGGAUUUCAAUAUGAGUGGAGAUUCUGAUGGAAGUGCUGGAGUUUCAGAGUCAAGAAUUUAUAGGGAAUCCAGGGGGCGUGGUAGCAAUGAACCCCACAUAAAGCGUCCAAUGAAUGCCUUCAUGGUAUGGGCUAAAGAUGAGCGGAGGAAAAUUCUUCAAGCCUUUCCUGACAUGCACAACUCCAACAUCAGCAAGAUACUGGGAUCUCGCUGGAAAGCUAUGACAAACCUAGAGAAACAGCCAUAUUAUGAGGAGCAAGCCCGUCUCAGCAAGCAGCACCUGGAGAAGUACCCUGACUACAAGUACAAGCCCAGGCCAAAGCGCACCUGCCUUGUGGAUGGCAAAAAGCUGCGCAUUGGAGAAUACAAGGCAAUCAUGAGGAACCGGCGACAGGAAAUGCGGCAAUACUUCAAUGUUGGGCAACAAGCACAGAUCCCCAUCGCCACCUCGGGUGUUGUGUACCCUGGAGCCAUCGCCAUGGCUGGGAUGCCCUCCCCUCACCUGCCCUCGGAGCACUCGAGUGUGUCCAGCAGCCCAGAGCCUGGGAUGCCUGUUAUCCAGAGCACUUACGGUGUGAAAGGAGAGGAGCCACAUAUCAAAGAAGAGAUACAGGCUGAGGACAUCAAUGGAGAAAUUUAUGAUGAGUACGAUGAGGAUGAGGAUGAUCCAGAUGUAGAUUAUGGGAGUGACAGUGAAAACCAUAUUGCAGGACAAGCCAACUGAUAAGGGUCAAAAGAUGGUUGUGACCUUAGGACUUAAAGAAGCCCUAGCUGGUUCAUCCUUACCAGUGGCCAAGCACAUUAACUUUCUCAUACACUGACUGUUACUUUAACUGUUAGUCUUAAAUAGUUGGGACAUCAGCUGACUAAUAGACCUCAGCCUCAAAAGGCUUGGAAAGGAAAAAAAAACACAACAAGCAAACAACAAUAUCAACAACAAGAGAUUGAAAUAAGCUAUGGGUAAAAUAAUGCCAGUAAUUCAGCUGCUACAUCCAAGCACUGAAGUCUUACCCGUCAACUUUUUUUUUUUUUUAAUAAACUUUAUGGCUGUUUGUUCUACAAUGUUCUAGAAAUUCUCACUCAGGUACACAGUGCCAACAAGUGGCUUGUGAAUGUGUUUUGUUGUUUUGUGCUACAAUUUUUAAAAAGAAAUAAGUUUUGUUUUGUUUUUUGGGGGGUUUCUGGGUUUUUUCCUUUUUCUUUCCUUUCCUUAUUAUUAUUAUUAUUUUUUGGUUGUUGUUGUAAUGCACCUGACAGAAAAAAAAAAGAAAGAUGAAUUUCUCUUUAUUUCUCUCCACCUUCUCCAUCUCUAUACUUUAAAGAUGGAAGUCUGUGCAUGGGGGGAAGAGGGAAAAAGAGCCUGUUUUUAACUUCCUUGCUAUCUACCACAAAUACAUAAUUAUUUUCUUUAGAGAACUUUCUUUAUCUUUUUGCACACCACACUACAUCUUUGAGCAAGUGCCAAAUUUGUACUGAAGUGUUGACUAAGUUCAUUUUUCCCUUUCCUUUUUCCUAUUCCUUCUUAAGUUAGGACAGUGUUAUAUCUUAGACAAUCCCUUGAAAGACCUGAAAUACCAGCAGCUGGUGAGAUUUGACUUUUUUUUUUUUAAAGGAAACUGUAGGUGCUGUUCUCAGGUGAAAAGAGAGAGAGAGAGAGACAUAAGAAAUUUAGAGAAAAAAUAUUUUCUGAUCUUGGAUUUUUUUGUGUGUGUAUGUGUGUGAUUAUGGUACUAAUAGGAAUAACAUUGGACCAUUGUGAGUUAAACCCACAUCUGGGGAUGAAAUCCCACAUCCUCCUAAAUGACUAGAGGUAAUCUUGACCUUGACUUUGCACUUCAAAUGACAACUUAACCAAGUAUAGGGCUCAGAAAUUAUAUUUUUAAAAUUUCUAAUAUGAUUAUUAUUGGAUGGAUCAUGUGGCCCUGUGUAAUAGAGGUGUGCAUGUAUAACAUGGAAGCUACUAGCAAACUGCUCCCAGAUGUCCCUUCUCCCUGGACAAUUGGUUCUACUAACGUUUGCUACUUAAUGAGUUUUAUUUGUUUUACCUGUUGAUACUUUAAGCAAAGUAUCAUCAUUUUCACUGAACAUAUUUGGCCAUUUUCCAGAAAUAUAGAAUUAGCUUAUUUCUCCAACAUUCCAUCCUUUCCUGACCAGGAAAUGGAACUGAUGAUUUUAAAAGAUAGUUUUCAUCUCUCCAUAAAAUGAGGUGGAGGCCUUUUGCAUUUCAAAAGUGUGGACCAUGUGCAUUUCAUGCCACGAAAAACCAGUAUUUGAAUAAAAGUCAUUGUAGCCCAACAAAGUGGACCACGGCUGAACCCAGUGAUCCUUGCCCCUACUCUUCUUUUGCUGAAAGGUGAAUCUGCUCAAGUCCAGUUUCAGUGCCAAUAGAGUAUGUGAACAGAGCAGCAGCUGAUCGUGACAAAACUGCUUAUUUAGAUUUUUUUUUUUUUUGCUAGCCAAAUGCCAAGGUAGUGGCACAGCCUGUACAAAUAAAUGCAAAAUCACUUCAAGCUAAUUGCCAUUUUUUUUUUGUUGAAACAUCAGACAGUAAUUUUACUCCAUCCGGUAGCUUGGAUGUGCUAAAGGUGUUCACUCCAGUCAUCAUUUUCCUAUAUUGCCCCCAAAUACCACCCUCAAGUCUAAUUUUCAGAUAUAAGAAAAAAAGUCCUUUAAUUCUUCUCUCUCUCAAAAGACUUACUCUGGGGUUUUGCUUGGAGGAGCUGAUCAUAUCCUGCAUGUCAGAGAUUUUGUUUUGUUUGUUUUUCUGUUUGUUUUUGAUGACUGUAUUUUCAUUUGAACUGCCUCUUUUUGCUAGUGUUGUAAUAAUGAUGAUGAUAAAAUAAUAAUAAUAAUAGUAAUAAUAAUAAUAAUAAUAAUAAUAAUGGUCAGCUGUUCCCAGAUUAGUAAGUUAUGUAUAAUUUAUUUUAUUUCUCCUUGUCUAUUUUAUUCUGCUUUGAUUUGGAAGUGCAGCCAAUAAGCUGUUAGAUAUUUAAAACUGAUUUCUAUCUCCAAUUCAUAUACACUCACACACGCAACGUAUGUGUGUGUGUAUACAUGUGUAUACACACACACAUAUUCACCCACACAAUUUUACUGCUUCUUCCAUAAGUUUUCUCCUUUUUAAAAAAUUUGGCCCCAACAAUGUCAAUUCUGUUGUUUAACACAAAGGAGUGAAUAAAUAGGAGGGUCAUGUUCAAUCUUAAUUAACUUAUGCUCUCAUCACUCAUUUUAGUUAUUUAGUUGCCACAGUCAUCCAGAGCCAAUUUUUUUGUUUUUGUUUUGUUUGUUUUUAAGCACUCUGAAUAAGGAAGAAAUAGACACUUGUUUUUAUAUCGUUAUGUACAAUGUGAAAACAGAUUUUUAAAAAAUUUGUUCUCUGUCUUUGUUAACAAAUUUCUUCUGACUUAUGUGGGUUCACUUCUCACGUUUGCUGGAUACUUACUCUACACCAUGUUAUAAAGAUGCUUUGUUUUCAUUUCAUGACUUUGGGCUACAAGAAUACUUUGUUUUAGCUCCAGGUAGAUGCCACUGAGGGCAUUCAUGGCUGAAACCAAUUCUGUCCCCAGCGAAUUGACAAAACAUUCUGUUGAUCUAUUUUUUUUUUAUUUUGUUUUAAUUGAAGGGAAAAUGAAAUUGUUAAUGGUGACCUAUAACUGCUGAAACUUCAAAGUUUAUUUAGUUAAGUUUAUGUUUAAGACUAAACUGUUCAUGAACAGAAACAAAAAGCAAGCCCAUAAUCUUGCAUUGUAUUCUCUUGCUUUGACAUUUAGUUCACUAAAUGUCAAAAUUUCUUUGCCCUAGUUUCCCCCAAAAGACAACAAAAACAAAAAUAAUUAUAUUAAUGUUUAAAGUACUUUUAAAUCAUUUGAUAAAAGGUGCUGUGAAUAACAGCUUACCUUGUUAACACAUUGCCUUUUUUGGCAUUUGAUUGGUUUAUGAUUUUUGUAAAGGAUCCUAAAACCUCAUAUUGUUUUUCUGUGUCCCAUGGUGACCAAAAAAUAGCAAGGUAGAGGAAAUGAGAGUAAGAUCAAACUAAAAUAAACAAAGUCUCCCUCCUUUCUUCUUUUCUACCUACCUGUUCAAGCUUCUCUCUCUCUCUCUCUCUCUCUCUCUCUCUCUCUCUCUCUCUCUCACACACACACACACACACACACACACACACACACACACACAAACACCAACAACUGAGAAAUAAUCUUGCCAGAAUUCCAGUUUUAUAGUUGUCAUAAUCAGUUCCUCUAAAAAUAGUCAUGUUUUGAUACAAAUCUAAGAAAGCAUCACUGGAGAAAAUAGGUUAAAGUUGUUUAUUUGUAAGUUAAUGAUAAUUUGGUUAGUUACUUCAACUGAAAAAAAAUUAAAACUAUUAUUUAGCACAUGUAUACCUAAGUUAGUUCAGUCAAUUUUGGAAGUUCUCUUGGCAUCUACAGUUAAGAGCUAUCCAUGUAUAAAACCCCUCCUGGAAAACAACAUCACCCUGUUAAGAUCAAAUUCUCCCAUGAGAAACAGAUAUUAAAAGUGUUCUUAGAUGAAACUAUUUCAUAGAUUUGAUUUCUGGAGUAGCAUUUUAUGUUCAAUCAUUUAAAGAAAUAUUCUUUAACCACUCUAUGGUCCAUUUUCAGAUAUUUUCUUAGUCCAGAAGCUGUAACAAUUCUCAGAAGAAACCUCUUAUAUCACAUUUAAAACAUCAAAGAUGAUUAUAUUUCAGUCAUUCUAAAGGGCAAACUAUUGAAUUGUAAUGAACAACUAACUGUAUAUUUACAAGCAGGUUUAUGAAAUAUUUGUCUAUCAAUUUAAUAGUAAAAUAAAGCUUAUGGGGUCUGCAAGGAAAAAUAUGAAGCCCACUUAAAGUGGUUCAGAUAUCCCUUUGUCUUAUAGGCAUAGGUGUUUGUUUAGCCAGGCUUACAGUAUUUAAUUUUAAAGUUCCCUAUAACUAUCAGUUUCCCAGGUUGAAAAUGAUGUGUUGAGUUUCCUACUGAUUGAUUCCUGUCCUCCCCAGUGUUUCUGUCACUGGUUCAUUAAAACAGUAUUUAUAUAGCUCCACUGGCUCUAAAGCUCUUAGUCUUUGUACCAUUUUGGAUUUUACAAGUAAAAAUUUUUAAAAAGAAUAGAAAAGAGACAAUCAAAUGCCUGGAGCUUAAAACAAAGUAUGUGCAACCUACCAUCUCACUUGAAAUUUAAUAAAAUAAAUAAUUAUGUAAAUAUAACAUAGAGUUAUAGAUUUAUAUUUUGUUCAUAACACAUAGUGUAAUAUAAGUUGUAUAUUUUCAUGUUUUUGGUUUUAUGUUAUCAUUCAUGCCACAAUAAAAAUAAAACAGGAGUUAUGUACUCUUAAAAAAAAAAACAAGAUGUGGGUUGCCACCAACCUAUUUUUUGGUUUUGGGGGUUUUUUGUUUUGUUUGUUUUUUGUGGUUUUUUUUUUUUUUUCAUUCUCUCUUUUUUUUUUCAGUAUUACUGCCAUGCAAGGCACCAAUAAAAACAGCAAAUGUGUUCUUUAUUAUAUUGUGUUUCUUUUCACAAAUCUUGUGCCGAAGGUGUAAUCAUUAGUUUCAUUAUGAAAUGUAUGGAAAAUAAUUUAAAUUUGUUUUCAAUAUAAAUAACCCCACUUAACUGAAUUUGACUUUGAACUAAGGGUAUCAUUCUUAAAUGUAGACAUUCCCAGGACAGUCAGAACUUGUUACAAUGCAUCCCAGGCAGGAAUUGAGCUUCACUCUGACAUUAAAAGAUCCCUCUCCUGUCAUGGAAUCUAAUACACUUGAAACCCUGUGGCCUGGAGCACUGGUGCCUGUUCCCUGGCUGGAUACUGGCUCUGGGUGGGGCUGGGCUUCUUCCCUCAGAACUAUGCUUUAUCCUGUUGUUCAUAUGGCAACAUUUCACAAUUUCAGAUCAUGAAAUGCUAAGAACUAUCAUUUUCAUCUUGUUAUGUCCAAUUUUGAAUAAUGUACACUUUCUGAAUUGUUUAAUACUCUGACAUGAGCCUCUAGAUUCAACCUUCCACUUUUUUUAGCGAAUGUUAAAAACAUCCUUCUAAUGGCCAUUUUUGCUUGUCUCUUCUACCAUAGUAUGUUUUUCUAGAUACUUCUGUGAGGAUUUUUGUUUAUUUGGUUGGUUGGAUUUUUUUUCUUUUCUUUUCUUUUCUUUUCUUUCUUAAUAAAAAUCAACACACUGGACCAGAUUACACCUGAUUCAAAUGAGUGUAAAGUAUGUGAAAGGGGUGUAUUUAACUAAAACUUUGCCCAUUGUAUCCCUGAACAGAAGUAUUUUACAAAGUCUAAUUCAUGGAAUUCAGAAUUACUAUUAAAAAUGUAGAUUCCUGAUCCCAAUCCCAGAUGUAGUGAAUCAGAAUCUCUGGGGAUAGAAACAAAGCUUUUGCUAUUUUAACAGCUUCAAAUACUUCUUCUGCACCCUCUGGUAUUUCAAAGAUAACCAGGAGGUGGGGCUAAUUUCAUCUCCCUUCUGCCUACCUUUUUUUUUUUUUUUUUUUUUUUUUUUUUAGCAUGUCAAAUUCUGUAGUUAUGUUGACUAGAACCUUCACUUUACCCUUAGGCCUUUGUGAAAACCUUGAAACUGAGUGAGAGUCAGUGAGUAGAUGAUGGUAUAAGAGUGUGAGAGCUCCCCUUCUCUCCAUACACAGUUUUGGAGGGUGUUGGAACCAUCAGUUCUGUGAUGUGACUGCUUAUAUGGUCCUUGUGUGGUUCAUUACAGCAAAGCAGUAGACUUCAGAGACCUCAGGCAAGUGCAACAAAAGAAAUAUAAAAAAGACAUAAAACUAUAACCCACUUAAUAUUUGCAAAACAAAUGUUUUUUUUGAAAGGAGAUCCAUUGUCAGAGCUGAGAAAUAAACCUUCUGUUAAUUCAUCAUGCCCCCCCCCCACCACCCGCCAGGGCUAUGGUGGCAUGGGCUACCUUGUUUCCUCAAAGGCAUUAUCAGGAUAGGCUCAGUCUAUGUGGGCUGGGAAAAUCCUGCCUGUUCAGGAGAACUCAGCUCCCAGGAUGCAAAGCCCCAAACACCGCCUUCUCUCCUCUACCAAAUAAAAUUCACUUAGUUUUGUCCUGUAGUAUUUCAACUUGGAAACAUUUAUUUCUUGGCCUUUAUGAUUUUUAGUUUCUUAUGGGAUAUUUAGGACGAACAUAUAUUAAUAGAUUAUUUUCCUACUGCCAAUGCCUUGAACAACCAAAAAAAAAGUUACUGGCAAUAGCAAAAAAUACACAUUCUUUUUUAUUUUUUUCAAUAAUCUCAACUUUGCCAAUUUUAGUUAUUGGUGUUUGAGGAAGUUCAUAUACAUAUUUUUUAAAAAUAAAGACCCUGUCAAUCCUAACAAAUUUAAAUAUUUCGAAGUCAUCUCUAUAACUUCAUAUAAUUACUGAAACCUCAAUUAUAACAAUGGAGGUAAAGGUAAGCAUGAAUCAGUUCAAUGUUUGAAUUAAAGAUCAUUUAUGAAAAAAAAUCCAAUUUAUUUUCUCGAGUUUCUAAAGCAAUCUAAUGAUAGCCAGCAGAGAAGAUCUGUUUUAUAAGUAAGCAUUGUAACUAGUAUGUAAAGUGUACGCAAUAGUACUGCUAAAAGUUCUUUAAAAUAGUUAUGUUUUCUUGAGGAGGCUAAACAUGUCCUACAAUUUUACUUAUUCUACCAACUUGUGUAGCAAACUAUUUCUAUCAUACACACAAAACAACCUACUUCAGCUCUGAUCACAAUAUAUCGUGAUUUUUUCAAUUAAUCAAGUCCAUAUAUAAAGAUUUUACUUCCCAUAUUGCCAGUUUUUAAAGAUGCAGACAAAUACAGAAUGGAGUGGUACUUUGUUGCUCUUCAAAAUAUAACCAAAAGGGAAAAAAAAAAGUUAUGUUAUCAUUGAUGUCUCUACUGAUCCAAUUUAAAAAGGAAAAAGAAACCAAAUUACCAGAACAAUUGUAGGAAUUCAGUAGGCCUAAGUAAACACCACGAUUUUGUACAUUGCCUGUUCAAUUUAUUAUUAAAUUUCAGAAUCUGGAAAGCAAUCGUAAUUACACACAAACUGUAAAAUAUAUUUGAAAUAAAAGUUUUGUUUAUAAAAAUCA